CUUGGCGGUGCGGGCGGGGCGCGCGUCAGUCGCGUAGCGAACGCUAUAUUGCAAGAACGUCGGGUGGCGUCGCGCCAGCCCGUCGCGUGCUAGUGUUGUGUCACAGCGGUGGGCCAGGUCGGUUUCGAGAUUUCUUCGUUCCGACGUAAACCAUGGCUCUCAACUCGGACGCUGAACAGAAAUCGAACCUGGUCCUCCGCGUGGACCAGGAUUCUGACUCGGUUCUACAGUCAUUGUUCGACACAGUGCUUAAGCCGGACUCGAAACGACCGCUACAGGUGCCUCUCCGAAUGCGACAGCUUCCAAAGUCGUUCUUUAACCCGCCGUCAACCGGUUCCAAGUCGCCAUCUGUGUCUCACUCGCGAGAAAACUCGGCUGACUCGGCGUUCGGAUCGUCGUCCGCGACUGGCGCCUCACCGGUGUCGCACUCUCGAGCACAUUCGUCACCCGCAAGCUUGCAACAAACUUACGCCGCUGGACAACAAAAUCAGCAACCACCGCUACACCAUCAGCACACAAAACAGAGAUCCUAUGACGUCGGAACACAUAUCCCUGACGAUCUUGGUCCUCUCCCGCCUGGUUGGGAACAAGCUCGUACGCCAGAAGGACAAAUAUAUUAUUUAAAUCACAUAACGAAGACGACGACAUGGGACGACCCGCGCAAGACGUUGGCGGCGCAGUCGGUGGCCGGCAGCGUGCAGCAUCAGAGCACAGACGCGCUGCUUACGCAGGCCGCCUCGCCGCAGAACAUACCUAGCACACCCGCACCAGCAGCGAAGAGUACAAGUAGUAACACAACGACGGAUCCACUAGGGCCCCUGCCGGAGGGUUGGGAGCAGGCCGCGACGGCGGAAGGAGAAAUCUACUUUAUAAAUCAUGCAGCUCGCACCACAUCCUGGUUCGAUCCAAGGAUACCACAACACUUGCAGCGCACGCCGGCGGCGGGCGGCGCGGUGCCGGACGGCGGCUGGGCCAACGCGUCGCUGCAGGCGUGCCAGCAGAAGCUGCGGCUGCAGUCGCUGCAGCUCGAGAGAGAGCGCCUCAAGCAGCGCCAGCAGGAGAUCAGACUCCAGCAAGAGCUAAUAAUGGCGCGGCAGUCAUCAUCGAUUGUUUCGUCACUGGCGAACAGCACGGGCGUGGCCAGCACAGACCUGCCCCUGGACCCGUUCCUGUCGGGGCUGUCUGACCACCAGCGACAGGAGUCCGCCGACAGCGGGCUGGGCAUGGCCGUCCCGCACUCCUACUCCAUGCCCCACACGCCCGAGGGCUUCCUAGCCGGCAUGGACGACCGCAUGGACUGCACCAGCGAGGCCGGCGCCAACAUCGACUCCACCGACAUCACGCUAGCCGAUAACCUCGACUCUACUGACGACCUGGUACCUUCUUUACAAUUGAACGAGUUCACAAACGACAUACUCCUGGACGACGUGCAAUCGCUGAUAAACUCGACGCCGAGCAAGCCCGACAACGUGCUGACGUGGCUGUAGGCGCUCCAUGCUUACAAACUUUCAAAUUAGGUAUUAUAUGUAGCGUAGCGUACUUACCGCUUGCAUGACGUCGACCGCUAUACAGUGUCGGUGACAACGGUAACGACCAUGGUGUACAUUUCACUUUGAAAAUGACAAUUAUAGCAUAACAUGUGUAAUGACUGAUGUGGGAUUUUGUGUGCUUAUGAUUUAGGAUAGGUAGAUACUUUCAGUACCAGUUCGAUGGCUUCCAACAGAACAGUUAGACCGAUGCGGACUAAUGCAUUUGGGUGUAGCACGUGUUAUUUUUAGCCAGUAACGUUAUAUUUCAGUUCAAAUGUAAGUUGGAAAGAUUUCUCCGCAUCGGUCUCACGGUUCCCUACUAUAUCUGCUCGCUUUUAUGCAGAAUUGGUUUUAUCUCUGUCUCUGCAUUUAUUCGAAUGAGAUAGGAAUACAAAAUCGUGUGAGUAUCAUAAGUGUUCUACUUCGUUGUGGUGGUACAUGUGUGGAAUUUGUAUGUCUGACUUUACAACACAUACUCAUCGCAAUUCUUGACUUGGUAAUAAAGUAUUGUAAACUAGUGCCUUUCAUCGCGGUUAGCACAUAAUGCUAAGUAAUGUAAGCAAACAGUAACUCUCUUUAUCUUCAACGUGAGCAGUAGAAUCGUUUCUAUGUUUCAAGCAGUUCAAGUAAGAGAUGAGCUACGAGACCGGAGCCAAGUAUCGCGAAUCAGUAGCAAGACUAUCACGAAUGGCUAGUCAGGUCGCUAGCGGUGCGAGUGGCUGCAAGCCUGCUUUCGUAGCAGAAAGUAGUUGCGUUGCAACGCAAUCAUUCGUGAACUUAGUUUCCAUAUUCUUUGCACAGAGACUAUCGGAAAUCGUAUUCUAUGAAUCGACAAACAAACAAUAUUUUAUGAUAUAUUUUAAAAUUAAGAUUGUGAUAACAUCUUGAUGUAACAGUGCCUUAUUGUGCCUUGAUAAAAAUUAUUUAUUGUUGUAAUAAUUUAGAUAAUGUUGAGAUAUUUUUACAAUUUUCUAUUGUCGAAUUAUUGAUGUAAUAGUGAUUUGACGGAAAAUAAACUACUUAUGUACUUGUAGAACGUUGUUUGUCAACUUACACCGUCCUUGUGAAUUUUCGAGAUUAUGAAUAGACGUUAAGUUUUAUAGUUAAUCAUGAAGUAGGUAAUAAUGUUGGCAACUAUUAUGUUUACUUAUUAUAGUUGGGUUGUAAGUGAACAAUGUGACUACCUAAGCAAUAUUCAAGUGUAUGGGUGCAGCUAGCUAGCUAAUUUUAGGGAGUAAUUGGAGCUCUAAAUUUUGCCCCUAAGUGCCUUACUCAACCAUUGUUAUUGUCUGCCCUAUACGCAGACUGUGCAUCGGUGCCAACAAAUAUAAAAUCUAUUUUCGAUAACUACUGUUAUGAUAUUAGUAUUAUUUCAUUAAUGUUAGUUAUCAAUCAUCAAAUCAUCGUCAUAUUAUAUAAAAUUCUAAAUAUUUCAAAAUUUUGUAAGCCCACCUAGUCUUUAGAUUGUUUGUAUGAGUGUAUUGAAUUCAGCUAGCUUGAUUGAUUAAUAUGAUAAUGGAAUUAGGCCUUUAAUAUCAAAUGCUACAUUGAAAACUUUGCCAUAUUAGUAAAAGUACUAUUAUUCUUAUAAGACUUGAAUGUAAUCUUCAGUUGCGACGCAUAGCAAUAAAUAGCAUCUCUGUGUAACUAUUGUAAUUAGACGUAACGGUGCUGGGUUGAUGAUACAUUUAAUUUUGUAUUCUGUAGAUCCAUUUGUUGUAUACUUUAUAUUUGUAUUUGUCGUGUAUUAAUUGUAAGAGUGAGUAAGUUGGAGGCGCGGCGAUAUUGUGCGGCGCGGUGCACAAACAUUCCAGUUGUGUGAGCCUCGCACGACUCCAGUCCUGCCUCUCGCUACACACUCAUGCCGAGCAAUAUCGCCGUCCCGCACUGUAAUCAGUUAUUUCUUAAGUAUAGCCUUUAUGAAAAACAUAUCUUUUCAGUCUGAUAACAGAUGCAAGUUUUCUAUGUAGUGUAUGUAACUACGUGUAUCAAUGUUAUAACAAUGAAAUUACGUGUCAAACUUAUUAAUUUACUAUAAUUUCAUUGUAAAUAAUUCGAUAUUCUUAUAUGAAUUAAAUAAAUAUUUGUUUUAAUACCUA